AUGCUCUGCACCGGUAAGAUCGACUGUGACCGCGACUUGUUUCAGCUGAGUUACAUUGAGAGCAAGCUUUUUCACUACGAAAUGAAAGAUGAUGUCUGCUUCACUCCGUGGUCCUUUACCAACAUGAUUUCCCUCAUCCUCGGCGUAAGCUACACCUUCGCACGCAUCCCGUUCGCCCUCAAGAUAUUCGUUAGCUGCUGCGAAGCCGUAGCCUUCGUGUUGAUCGUGUUUUUCCAGUUCGCGUUCAACUUCCAGCACAGUGCUACCACAAUCCCGUUUAUGAAAGCGGAAGUAUCGCACUGUCUUCGGGUGUGCAUGAUGUUGGCCACUAUGUAUGCAAAGGAGCGUCAAUCCGAGUUCAACACAAAAAUGAACUACAAGCUCAAUGUUGAUUUGCAGAAUAAGCAAAAGGCGGCUGACGUUACAAACCAAUCAAUUGUAAUCUUGCUCAAUAAUAUUCUCCCUUCUCAUGUUGUCAACCUCUACCUCAAUUCGUUAGCCAAACACCAACUCUACUAUGAAAAUUAUCAAAUGGUAUCGGUGAUGUUCGCCAUGUUAAUCAAUUUCCCAAUGAAUUUGGCCAGCUUACGAGUGCUAAACGAAAUCAUAACUGAAUUUGAUAGACUGUUGACGGCAUACAGGGAAUAUCAUGUAGUUGAGAAAAUCAAGGUCGUCGGUUGCACUUACAUGGCAGCAUGUGGAUUGGAUUUCAAUUUGGCAUCAAACAUCCGUCAAAGCAGUCACUUUCGCAAUAGUUCACUUCAUUUCGAGGUUGAACAGGCGCGCACUCACAGAACGACUGUGGGCACCACCGAAGAUAACUACAACGAAGAUGUCAACAAUGAUGAGGUGGUGUUUAUGAUGACCACGUUCGCUCUGGACCUGAUGCGAACCCUCUCGGCGUGCAACAGGGCCCACUCGAAUUCUUAUUUCGAGCGGUCUUUGUCCUCUGCAGAGAUCUGCAUUGGAAUCUCCAGUGGCGAAAUAAUGGCCGGCGUGGUUGGCGCCUCCCAGCCGCACUACGACAUUUGGGGAAACCCGGUCAAUAUGGCCUCCCGAAUGGAAUCAACGGGCCUGCCUGGGCACAUCCAGGUGACGGAGGAGUCCGCCAAAAUUCUCCAGGAGUUCGACAUUCUGUGCAUUUACCGCGGCAUGACCUUUGUUAAGGGCCGUGGUGAAAUACCCACAUACUUCGUAGGCAUCGAUGAAAACCUGAAGUUCAUGUCCGCGAAAUUGGCCAAUCACAGUUGGUCGAGACGUUUUUCAGUCAUGUCUUCACUCACUCCAAACUCUCAAGAUACAGAUUCUUCUGAUUGGGAUGGCUCAAGUGAUAGUUAA